AUGAACCUUACAGAGUUAAACCAGUCUGAUCACUGCGUGUAUUUCUUUUGUCCAGAGAGAUCUGUAUCUCCUGCAGUUUAUGUUUUCUUGUACAUGGGUUCAGCUGCUGUGGUUCUACUAACAGUGUGUGGAAAUCUGCUCGUCAUCAUCUCUGUUUUGCACUUCAAGCAGCUUCACACACCUACUAAUAUGCUCAUACUUUCUUUGGCUGUGUCAGAUUUACUUGUUGGUAUUUUACUGAUGCCACCAACGUUGAUCUGGACAAUUGAGUCAUGCUGGAUCUUUGGGCGAGGUUUCUGCACUGGUGUGUGGUUAAUUGCUGGUGUUUUAUUAAUUGUAUCUAUCUAUAAUAUUGCUCUAAUCUCUGUUGAUCGCUAUCUGGCUCUUUCAAACCCAUUUUUAUACACAAACACAGUCUCUACAAAAAUGAUGUGCAACAUGGUUACAGGAAACUGGUGUGUGUGUCUGGGGUAUAAUGCAGCAGUUUAUUAUUUCAAUGGAAAUUUCUUGGAAGCUUCUGCAAUGUGUCCUGGAGAAUGUUUUAUUAUUCUAAAUGAAAUUUGGUCAGUAAUUGAUCUUGUAGUUUCAUUUGUAUUACCACUCUCUGUCAUAAUCAUAUUUUAUACUUUGGUUUUUGUGAUUGCUAAAAAACAUGCCACUGCUAUCAGAGAGCUUAAUAAUCACACACGGCCUAAAACACAGAAAAUCACCUCACACUCAAUGAAAUCUGAGAAAAAAGCAGCUAAAGCCCUCAGCAUUUUAGUGUCUGUGUUUUUGGUGUGUUUACUUCCAUAUUUUAUAUAUAGUUUGUUAGGUGGAGUUAUUGAACUACAGUUAGGAAUAUUUCAGAACGUUUUGAUCAUGCUUUAUCUUAACUCCACAAUUAAUCCAAUUGUAUAUGCUCUUUUUUACCCAUGGUUUAGAAAAUCUUUUCAAUUAGUUAUAACUUUGCAUAUAUUCCAGACAGACUCCGCACUGAUCAAUGUUAUUUCAUAA